AUGCACUGCGGCUUGGAAAUCGUUCUGCCCAAUGGAGAGCUCAUCCGCACUGGCAUGGGCGCUAUGCCUGACCCUUCAGCAAAGUCUUCUGCAGGGACGCCGGACGAGCAGCCUGGCAACCGCUGCUGGCAGCUUUUCAACUACGGCUUCGGCCCCUACCACGAUGGCAUCUUCUCCCAGAGCAACUACGGCGUCGUGGUCAAGAUGGGCAUGUGGCUGAUGCCCAACCCGGGCGGCUACCAGCCCUAUCUCAUCACGUUUGAGAAGGACGACGACCUGCCCAAGAUCGUCGAAAUCAUCCGCCAGCUGCGCGCCAAGAAAGAGUACAAGGACGUCAACCGACCCCUGACCGAGGAAGAGCUCGUCGCCAUCCAGAAGCAGCUCAACCUCGGCCGCUGGAACUUCUACGGCGCCCUCUACGGGCCAGAGGUUAUUCGCAAUGCCGGUUGGGAGGUCAUCAAGGGCACGUUUGGCAAGAUCGAGGGGUCUAAGUUCUACUGGCCCGAGGAGGGCAAGAAGUCUCCUGGUGUUCUGGAUAUCCGCUCCAAGACUCUGUGCGGUAUUCCGACUACUGAUGAGCUGAAGUGGGUCGACUGGCUACCCAAUGGCGCUCAUUUGUUCUUCUCGCCAAUUUCGGAAAUCACCGGUGAUGCCGCCAACCACCAGUACUCCAUCACCAAGAAGCGUGUUAUCGAGGCCGGCUUUGACUUCAUUGGCACCUUUACGAUUGGCAUGCGCGAAAUGCAUCAUAUCGUAUGCCUCGUUUUUGAUCGCGAGGAUGCCGUCCAGCGGGAAAAGAUGCAGAAGCUGAUCAAAGUCCUUAUCACUGAUUGUGCUGCCCACGGCUGGGGAGAGUAUCGAGCUCACUUGGCGCUCAUGGACCAGAUCGCCGAUACCUACAGCUUUAACAACCACUCGCUGUUGAAAUUAAGCGAGACGCUCAAGAACGCUAUUGACCCUAACGGAAUCUUGGCUCCUGGAAAGAACGGUGUCUGGCCGAGUAACUACAAUAAAGCCGAGUGGAGGCUUCUUUGA